GUCUUAUUAGGCGGCUUUAGGGAAGGUUCCGCUGCAAUACAGUGAGAAGAGACAGCGGCUCUGAGCAGGAACCCACCGCCUAAACUCCGACACUGUGGCUUAUUUCUUUAGGCCGGGGUCAACUAGUAUUUAUUUUAAGCAACUGGCGGCUAGAUACAUGAACCUGCUAUUUCUCGAUUUUCCACACUCAAAGAAAAAUCGGCCAUCUCUAUACAGCCAAGACACCGAGACGCAAAACAAUCGACCCGCGUUUUAUUAAGCGCUGCUUCUGCUACCCUUACCUCGUCUAAUCUCUCUCUUCCACACACUCGGACGAAAUGGCUCGCGGCAACCAGCGCGAAAAGGCGCGGGAGAAGAACCUCAAGGCCCAGGCUUCCCAGAAAUCAAAGAACGCCAAGAGCGGCACCGAGAUGCAACGUGAUAAGGAGGCCGUCGCCGAGAUGAUGCGCAAGAAGCAAGCUGCUGCCGACGCGAAGAAGCAAGCUGCCGCUGCCGCUGCCUCGAAGUAGUCGUUAGGUUAUAGGCAUGGUGAUAGGCGUACAUGCGUAGACGGGAUAACAAAUCUUUUUUCAUGAUAUCACGACGUAGGACGAGUUUUCUACAAAGGGGUGGGACUCGAGGCGUGCAACGGCGUCUGGAAUUUCUCAAAUUCGUUCCUCGACGAAUCCAACUAUCCUCAAUAUAAAGCGUAUUUGACUUUUAAGUCCGGUGACUAUUCGUAGACGAAGUUACUAUUCCGUGAACUUCGAUUGCUGCGUAUUAUAGAUCUUUAGAUAUAAGAUAAAUAGACAUCAUAACACCUCAUUGAACGGGGAA